AUGCCCGCAGCGGGCAUGAAUUCACACACAGACAAUGAAGGCCAACAGGCGCCGAAUGAUGUCCCCGAGCAACCCGAUCUCCCCAUGCCAUCAACCCCCGAAGUUGAUGAGCAAAGUGAGAGCUCAGAAGGAGAGCGGCCGCCCCUGCCCCCGCGACCAAACACGCUGAGCUUGUUGAGAGAUGAAGCGGGCUCUGGUGCAACCCUGCAAGCAGAGGCAACGACUGCAAUCUCAAGAACCGAGAUCGGGACACAAUCACCGGGAAAUGGUGGGAGCGCCUACUCAACGUUGGCUUCCCGUGGUCUAUCCAAAGGUCCCAAGGCUAGGGCGAGCCUUGGCCAGUUGGCGAGCCCCAGGGACAGCGAAGCUGGCGAUUCAGCUAGCAUUAGAAGCUCGAUCCCGAAUGCCGAUGCUGGGGACGUGGAAGCGCUGUUCUUGGACUUUGCUGCCACAGGGUCUGACGGCCAAGACGGGCAUGCUACAGGCCUACUCGAAUUCCCUGAAUUUGCAGCCGACGACAUAGACGACGAGGGUAUCUUGAGCGAGUUCGAAGCGGUCGGCGAGUUGAACGAAGAUGGCGAUAACGAAGUAUCAUUACUUGAGAGGUGGAAGGCAAAGCGUAAGCACUAUGUGAUUCUUUCUGCGGCUGGUAAGCCAAUUUGGACGCGACAUGGUGACAGCGGAUUGAUAUCUGGCUAUGUCGGAGUCAUUCAGACCAUCAUAUCAUUCUAUGAAGAUUCCAAUGACCACCUGCGAAGUUUCACGGCUGGUGAUACCAGGUUUGUCAUUCUCACUCGAGGGUCAUUACACCUUGUCGCGAUCAGUCGUAUGAUGGAAAGCGAAAACCAGCUUCGGCUCCAGCUGGAAGCAUUGUACAUGCAAAUCCUGUCUACAUUGACACUUCCCUCUCUCACUCAUCUCUUCUCUGUGCGACCUUCCACAGAUCUCUCACGGCCUCUCCAAGGCACAGAAUCACUUCUAUCAUCUUUGGCAGACAGCUUUACCCGAGGAUCACCAUCGACAUUGCUGUCAGCUUUGGAAUGUCUUAAAAUUCGCAAACAGCAUCGCCAAAGUAUCAGCAAUGCACUUUUGAAGACCAAAGCGAGCAGUCUGCUGUAUGGACUAGUUGUGGCUGGUGGACGCCUCGUCAGUGUCAUAAGACCCAAGAAGCAUUCCCUGCAUCCAGGCGAUUUACAGCUCCUCUUCAAUAUGGUUUUUGAAGCCGAUGGGGUUAAGGCCGGUGGCGGGGAGAAUUGGAUCCCUGUCUGUUUACCUGGAUUUAACAGCAGCGGCUAUCUUUACAUGUAUGUCAGCUUUCUGGAUCUCCGCAACGACAUCGAGAACAGUGCGGAAAUCACCAAAGACGAAUCUGUUGCCAUCGUCCUCAUCAGUCCGGAUAAGGAAGCUUUCUAUGACAUGCAAGAAAUGCGCGACGCUUUUGUGGAGCAAAUGGAAAAGAACGGCAGUCUGAAGGAAAUCAAGAUCGCAAUUGAUAACGGCCGUCCUGCGACUACUGACAUAGUUCCUGGGACGGUUCUUCAUCAUUUCCUAUACAAAUCGCGUGCGAAUGUGCAAUUCACCAUGUCAUCGUACGCCCCAGAAUUCUCUUCACUAACGAGGCGACGGAGGUUGAUGUCCAUGUACAACAACCUGCACUCCGGAAUUCAUGCCAAAAACACCCACGCCAAGGUCCACCACUGUGUUUCGCGCUCAGCGAGUUCUUUUGGGUGGGUCACGCCGGUAUUCGAGCUCUAUUGCAUUGCGGAGCCGAAUACAAACCGAAAUGCACUUGCACAAAGUGCAAGCAAAAUCGCCCAGUGGGUGCAACGUGAGGAAGAGAGACUCUUCAUCAUCGGAGGUGCAGUUUUCUAA